AUGCGCUCGAAGUUGAUGAUUACCGUGCUUUUCCUCGUCGGAUCUAUCGCCAUGUCGGCCAUUGCCAACGAAAACCCCAAUAAGUUCAAGUUUCCGGGCGGUAUUGCAGUCAAAAUUUCGAGGGCCCCAGGCUUCACGCGACCACGUCCUGGUGGACUAGAAGGCAAAGGCAUGACCAUCAUUGGCGGGGCACCGAUUCACACGACAAAAAACGGAAGGGCCACCACUACCUCCAGCAAUGACAACAACAAACCCUCCUUUACAACCACCACCAAAGGAAAAGAACGGGAUUCGACCACUACUCCAAGAAAUGCCACCUUCACAACUACGCCCAAAAAUGAUACCUUCACCACUUUCACCAAAGGAAAAGGGCAAGAUACGACCACUACACCCAAAAAUGGUACCUUCACUACCACCCCCAAGAAUGGUACCACCACGACGUGGCAUCUGAAAAAAUCUAAGGAAAGUGUCGAUAAAUGGGUAAAGGUUUUGUUGCAAGCAAACCGCACUCAAAUUGCAAACAACUACAAGCCGAUUGCAUCGAUUGCCCCGGACUUUGUCGAAUUCCACCCCGACGAGAUGUUG